AUGAAGCUUUCUUUAAGUACAGCUAUCGCUGCUGUAACAGUCGCUGGCAGAGUGGGCUCUGCUUUUGUUUUACCAGAGUUUUUCCAAGAAGCUUUUGUACCAGUGGAAACCGAUGAGCAACAGUUCUGGCAGUUUUUGCAAGAGGAUGAUGAGUCCGAUUUUGUUUCUUCAUUGAUUCCAAAGCCUCACGUUCCAUACUUUUUGAAACCAAUGGUUGAAAGUGAGAAAUUGCAGGACAAGAUUGAACUGGAUGACUUGAACGAGACGGCACAUGAUAUCUUGAGGAUUGCAAACGCUUCUACUAGACAGUAUGGUCAUCCAACACGUGUGAUUGGUUCCCCUGGUCACUGGAAGACUAUUCGUUAUAUCCUAAAGCAGUUCGAUGAUAUGAGAGAUUACUAUGAUGUUUCUGUGCAGGCGUUCAGUGCUCUUUCUGGUAAGAUCAACUCAUUCAACUUGUCUGAUGCAAAGACAGGUGAGACUUUCCCAAAUACUACAGCUUUUUCUCUAUCUCCUCCUGUGAAACCAUUUGUUGGUGAGUUGGUUCAGAUUCCAAAUUUGGGUUGUGAUCCAGCUGAUUUCGAGUCUGUAACCCCAAAGCCACCUCACGAGAGGCAAAAGAGGAAGAUUGCUCUUAUUGAAAGAGGAUCCUGUUCUUUCGGUAACAAGAGUGAGUUGGCAGGUAAGUUUGGUUACCAUGCAGUGGUUAUCUUCGAUAACGAUGCCAAGUCCAACGACGGUCUGCGUGGUACUUUAGGAUCUGUGUCUAAGCACAGUGUCUCUACGAUCGGUGUUACUCAUGCUACGGGUAAGGAAUUGAUCAAGCGUAUCUUUUUGAACAGCCACUACUCUUUGCAAUUUGAUAUGGACUCCUUUGUCAAGAGGAUUAAGACCAAGAACAUCAUUGCAGACACUAAACACGGUGAUGAGGACAAUAUUGUUGCCCUCGGUGCUCACUCUGACUCUGUCGAAGAAGGGCCCGGUCUAAACGAUGAUGGGUCUGGUACAAUUUCUUUGCUAAACGUUGCCAAGCAAUUGACCCAUUUCAAGAUUAACAACAAGGUUCGUUUCGCCUGGUGGUCUGCCGAAGAAGAGGGUUUGUUGGGAUCUACGCAUUACGCUAACAACUUGACUAGAGACGAAAACUUGAAGAUCAGAUUGUUUAUGGACUACGAUAUGAUGGCUUCUCCAAAUUACGAGUACGAAAUUUAUGACGCAAAUGAUAAGGACGAUCCAAAGGGUUCGGAAGAGUUAAAGAACUUGUACAUCGAGUACUACAAGUCUAAGAACUUAACCUACACUUUGGUCCCAUUUGAUGGAAGAUCUGACUAUGUCGGGUUCAUCGAAAAUGGUAUCCCAGCAGGUGGUAUCGCAACCGGUGCUGAAAAGAAGAAUGUCAAGAACGGUAAAGUGCUAGACAAGUGCUACCACAGUCUAUGUGACGACAUUGACAACUUAGCUUGGGAUGCAUUCAUGGUCAACACUCAAUUGAUCGCCCACUCCGUGGCCACUUAUGGUUACUCUUUGGAAGGAUUCCCCGAGAGAAAUAACGCCACAGUCGAGACUAUGGACUUGAACGGCGAACCAAGAUUCAAGUACAGGGCUGACUACUUGAUCGUUUAA